UUCAGAACCGCCACUAUCCCUCCCUCCGCCUUUUCCUUCUGCGGCGACGUCGUUUGGGGAGAAGUUGGUGAAUUCAAGGUAGCCAAUCAACUUGCGCGAUUUUCGCCAUUCGGGCAACCGGCAAGAAUGGUCUUUCAUCCCAUCGACGUAACCGUGCCCCAUGUCGCCUAUGCAGCCCUGGGGGGCUUCGUGGUCUUGUUUGGGAUGUUCUCCCUUUUACUCCGCGAACGCCUUUACAUCGGUGAAGCUUGCUGGUCCUUUCUAUUCGGCGUAGUAAUUGGACCAUACGGCGCGAAUAUAUUCAAUCCGCGAGGAUGGGCUGGCGAUAAUGUCGAGACCGUCAAUACAAUAACACUAGAAUUUUCUCGCGUCGUCCUUGCAAUAGGAGUAUUCGCUAUCGGCGUCGAACUCCCCAAAGCCUACAUGCGCCGCCAUUGGCAGAGUCUGUUCUUUCUAUUAGGCCCCAUCAUGAUUUGGGGUUGGUUAGUCUCUGCGGGCUUCAUUUUCGCCUUGAUACCUGGCCUCAACUUCCUUUCGUCCCUCGUUGUUGCAGCAUGCUUAACUCCGACCGAUCCUAUUCUUGCAGCUGCUGUCGUGGGCGGAAAAUAUGCAGAUAAGCAUGUUCCAGCUCAUAUUCGUCAUCUCCUUGCGGCAGAGAGUGGCUGCAAUGACGGCGCAGCCUUUCCAUUCCUAUAUCUCGCUAUUUACCUCAUUUUGGAUCAUUCAACGAAUGAUGCGAUGAAGGAUUGGUUUUUGAAGCUGUGGCUUUACCAAAUUAUUCUCGGGGUGGUCAUCGGCUCUCUGAUUGGGUUCGCCUUCCGCUAUCUCAUGAAGUUCUCGGAGCGCCACACUCUCAUCGACAGACACUCCUACGUUGCCCAAUAUGUUUCUUUGGCACUGCUCACUAUUGGAUUGACCACUCUUUUGGGAUCAGACGACCUUCUAAGCGCGUUUGCAUGUGGCGCGGCCUUUGCCUGGGACGGUUUUUUCAACAGACAAACCGAAGAAUCAGUAUUCUCAUCCGUCAUCGAUCUGCUCUUCAACGUAGCUGCCUUCGUUUACAUUGGCGCUUGGAUGCCUUUCGGCUCGUUUAGCGACCCCGAGGGGACGACCUUGCAGGUCUGGCGGCUUAUCGUUAUCGCCAUUCUUGUACUUCUCUUCCGUCGUCUUCCUGCAAUGAUCGCGUUUUACCGUUGGAUUCCUGACAUCAAAACUUUCCGCGAAGCUAUUUUCAGCGGUCAUUUCGGACCCAUCGGUGUUGGCGCUGUUUUUAUCUCGACUUUGGCCACAGAAGUGCUACAAGAGAGCCCAAUGGCCGAAGAAAACGAGCAGGUUGCACUGCUGAUCAAGACUAUACAGCCUAUUUGUGCCUUUAUGGUGUUGUGCAGUAUUGCCGUGCAUGGACUGUCUAUUCCUGGAUUCUCUCUUGGCAGAAGAGUGCAUUCCGUGUCUCGGACGUGGUCUAGACAUACGGGUACAGCUCAUGCUCAACAACCAGAUUGGUUGGACCAGGUUCGGAAGGCCGAAGGUGGAAUCGUUGUGAAUCGUGACCCAAAUCGGGACCCAAAUCGAAUUGCAGACCUCGAGGAAGGCACGGGCUUUAGUGGACCAGAGAAAGACACUGUUAAUGGUCGCUUGCAAGAGGAAAUCGAAAUCGACAGGAAGCAGCAUAGCGAGAGUCCAACUGUCGUGAGCUCGGACAAGGACCAAAAACAGCGUCAAGUCGAGGCUGGUUUGACUCCGGAAGGCGAUGUACCACCUGACGGAGAGGAGUUGGUGUCAGAGUGGCAGGAAGGGCAUCAUAGGAUUAUUGAACGGCGUGCGGGACCUGGGGAAGAGGUUGAAGUGGAAGUUAUCCGGAACGUUGACGGAGAAGAUAUAUCAUCUGCAUAUCGUGGCUCUGAAGCUGUUGUUCACAAAAUGAUGGAUAGGCUCAAAGGCGCACCGAAGACAGUGGAGAUGGAUUUGGAGGCAUUGGGGAAGAGUAUAGAGGAGCGAAUUUCGAAAUCGCCGCUGCCUGGGUUCUACCACCAUAAGGACCAAGUUGAGGAUGAUGAUGACGACGGCUGGGCUUCUGAAGAUAGCAACAAAGCAACACAUCCUACUCCCCUUGCUGGUUCUAGUCGCCGGCCGCGCUCGAAGUCACCCAAGACCAAGUCAGGAGCCAAACGACGAGCCUCUACCGGUUUGAAAUCUCUAGCCGUUCGUGAUCGGGCUCCACCCACCGCAAGCUUGCCAGCCGUUGUUACAAGCCCUCCCCCGGUCGACCUUCCUGGCGAUGACUCCCCUUCUGUCUCGAUUCCUGCUCGUCCUCCGCUCUCUCCACAUCCGUCAGUUAGCGCAACUGAUUAUGCAUACCCAUCUGCUGCCCGCCGAAUUGGAAGGCAGUCUCGACUGGACAGUCUAAGGGCAGAUGUAGCGACAAGCAGGAGAGGCUCGAGGGAUGUGUCGCCUGCCAGAUCAGUAAGAUUCGCAGAGCAUGAUUCUCAGCGACCAGGGAGUGGGAGCGGGACGAACACACCACGGGCUGUAAUGUUUGGUGAUGAUGUUCAUGGAGAGGAUGGGGCUCGUUCUGGUUGA